UAAAACUAGGUUAAGAACCAACGUUAGGUUAACGUUCUCUGUGAUCCGUGUGUCUUGUGUUUUUGUCGAGAUUUUUAUUAUUUUACUGAUUUAACAAACAAUGAGGUGGACUGUAUUGAAAGUGGCAGCUUGUGUGGGUGCGGCUUUCAUUGUCUACUAUAUUAAAAAACGCUGUGGAGGUCCUUUAUGUCGAUGUGUCUUGAGGCUUGAUGAGAAAGUUGUAAUAAUUACUGGUGGAACUUCUGGUUUAGGACUGGCUGUUGCUGAACAGCUUGCUAAUAGAGGUGCAAGCAUAUUUUUUACUGCAAGAGAUCUGGAUAAGGGUCUUGCGAUCCAAGAAUCUCUUAGAGCAAGAACCAAGAACCCUAAAAUUUUCUGCGAGUAUCUGGAUCUAAACAACUUUGUUUCUAUUCAUCAAUUUGUUUCCCGAGUGAACCAAAAAUGUUCCAAAGUAGAUUUGCUUAUCAACAAUGCAGGAGUAUUUUUCCACCCUCCUAAAGAAACUGUAGAUAAAUUUGAUGUCACAUUUCAGACCAACUAUUUGGGGCAUUUUCUUUUGACUGAAUUACUGCUUCCAGUAUUAGCCGAUCAAAGCCGCGUAAUAUUUUUGUCAUCGGCUGCACAUUCCUUAACUCAAUCUUUGGACUUGAAGAGUGCAUGCGUUUUCGACGAAGGAGCCACCGGAACAUCAGCAAGAUUUCAGAGUUACGCUAAAGCAAAGCUUUGCUUAUUGUUGUAUAGUAAGACUUUUGCACAACGUUACAAGGAUAGAGGAAUUCGUGUUUAUAGUGUAGAUCCUGGAUCAGUUGAGACACCGAUGUACCGUCAUUUUCCUUUCUUGACAAACCCGAUUUUGAAAGCAAUCCAGAAACCGAUUCGCUUUAUUGUAGUUCGCAGUCCAUUCCAAGGAGCACAAACUGUUCUUCACUGCGCCUUAUCUCCCAAACUGGGCAGUGAAACUGGACUUUACUACGCUGACCUGGAAACCAAGACACCUUCCAAUCUAUCACAAGACAUUCAACUAUCGUCCCAGCUGUACGAUUACAGUCGAGUUUGGGCAGGUUUGUCUGAUUUUGAAAAAAGUAAGUCUGCCUAGUUUCGACUGCUCUACAUGUCCGCCAAAUGACGAAUUGAUCGAAAGAGUUGAGAAAGUGAUUCAAUUUCAACCUUGCACAGAGGAAGGAAACCCAAUAUAGGAAAAAAACGGAAGAACUUUCCGUGUUACAUAUCGGCGUUGUCCAUGAUGAGUGGUUUCGGAUUCUUGAAUAUUGUGUUUACAGCUGAUGGACUAGGGAGAAUCAGAAUUGACCCUUUUCCGCGCCUUAUUAGUAUAAUUUCACAGGCAUCAACUAUUCCGUGUUGAGAAUUGUUGGGAUUUGGAAACAACUACCUUUAAUUUGUUUGCUUCUUCUUUCUUCUGUAUGUUGGUUUUCUUUAGUGAUUUCUUGUAAAAGGUUUCUUAGAUGUUUUCUUCAGAGACGUUGUCUCAACUGGUUAAGGUCUAUUCUCUCCCCUUGCUUCAGCCAAUAAAAAUCCUAUUCUAUUAA